CCUAUACAAGCGGGCAGUUCGGCGCGCGGCCGCCUAGUAAGAGCCGGACCGCAGGGCCGAGGUUUGGUCUCUGUGUUGCGACCCCUGCGGAAGAAGAUGAACGGGACGCGUAACUGGUGUACCCUGGUGGGCGUGCACCCGGAGGGGCAGACCGCGGGCAGUGUGGACAUUCUCAGGCUGACCCUCCAGAGUGAACUGACAGGAGAUGAACUUGAACGCAUAGCCCAGCAGGCGGGCAGGAAGACCUAUGCCAUGGUGUCCGGCCGCUCCACUGGGCAUUCUCUGGCCUCGGAACUGGUGGAGUCCAAUGAUGGACAUGAAGAGAUCAUUAAGGUGUACUUGAAGGGGAGGUCUGGAGAUAAGAUGAUCCAUGAGAAGAAUAUUAACCAGCUGAAGAGUGAGGUCCAGUAUAUCCAGGAGGCCAGGAACUGCCUGCAGAAGCUCCGGAAGGAUAUAAGUAGCAAGCUUGACAGAGAUCUGGGAGAUUCUCUCCCUCAACAGGAGAUCCAGGUGGUGCUAGAAAAGCCGAAUGGCUUCAGUCAAAGUCUCCCGCCUGAGGUGGAUACUUGUGUAAACGAAGAUGUCGAGAGCUUGAAGAAGACUGUGCAGGACUUGCUUGUCAAGCUGCAGGAGGCUGAGCAGCAGCGCCAGUCAGACCGUGCGGGUUUUGAGGUCACACUCAGCCGGUACCAGAGAGAAGCAGAGCAGAGUCACGCAGCCCUCCAGAGAGCGGAAGACAGAGUGGAGCAGAAGGAGGCAGAAGUCGGGGAGCUGCAGAGGCGCUUGCUGGGAAUGGAGACGGAGCAUCAGGCCUUACUGACGAAGGUCAAGGAAGGGGAGACAGCCCUGGAGGAACUUCGGAGCAAGAAUGGUGACUGCCAAGUAGAACAAGAAAGGGCUGCGAGCCUGGAAAAGGAAGUGGCUGGGUUGCGGGAGAAGAUCCACCACUUGGAUGACAUGCUUAAAAGCCAGCAGCGGAAAGUCCGGCAAAUGAUAGAGCAGCUCCAGAAUUCAAAAGCUGUGAUCCAGUCAAAGGACACCGCCAUCCAGGAGCUCAAAGAGAAAAUCGCCUACCUGGAGGCUGAGAAUUUAGAGAUGCACGACCGGAUGGAACACCUGAUAGAGAAGCAGAUCAGUUACGGCAACUUCAGCACCCAGAACCGGGCCAAGACUGAGAACCCGAGCAGCGUUAGGAUAGCCAAGCCCCCCAGCCCUAAGCCCAUGCCUCUCAUCCGAGUGGUGGAAACAUGAGCUGAAGAAGGAGCCAGACGCCGCCGUGGUUGCCACCUCUGCAGAGGAGCCCACCACCCCUGGAGGCUGCUGGCCCUGACUCUGACCUCCCAACUGCUCCCUGGCUGCACCCCGGCUUGGGGUUCAUGUGUCCCGCCGGUUCCAGAUGCCUGUCCUCUGCACGCUGGGCAGACGGAGGAUGACGCCCCUCUGGACACUGCGGCCUUUGGAGCCAGGGCAGUAUCCUUGUUUCCGUAGUUACUGUUUCUCUCUGUAGCAGGGCCUCCCUUCUGUUAUAGACUGGAGUUCGGCUGCCCCAGAAGCCAGGUCCUCAGCCGGAGGACCUCAGUGGCCCUAGGAGCUGGAAGCACAGAUGUCCAAAGUGAUUGGAGAGUGUCCCCGGGGAACGAAGUUCCUCCCAUAAACACAGAUCAGUUCUUAGCAACAAACUGUUUUUCUACUUGCUCCACCCUCAGCCCAUGCUGACCUGGGGCCUCUUCCAGAUAGACAGUGGGGCUACCUGUCAUGGCGUGGUCAGAGUCGAUGAACCUUAACUUCAACUGGACGGGCUUGCCUUUUGGUGGUGGCGGGGGGGGGUGUGUCCUUCAGGGAGUAGCUCUUAGCAGAAAGAGUCUCUAAGGCCACAGACAGUGAGUCCGACUUCUCUCUGCAGUGAAGACUCCCAGAAUCUUCUUAGGGUUUUCCCCCAAGUUGCAGUCUUCUUGACUCAGAGCCAAAAACUGUUUUCACUGGGUUACAUCCAUCUCAGCAAAACUCACUUGGUAUUUAUUUUGCUAAGUUAUUGGUGGUUUUGCUUACAUCUCACAGCUGAUUUAAUACCAGAGAGCUACAGCCUUCUCUUGCGGUGUUUGGACUUGCCCCACCCUGGGAAGAGUGUUCCCGCUGGACUUGUUGACUUCAGAAUGGCAUUGUUAUAAAUCUUUUUCUCUCUUUCCUCUGCCUGCUUCUUUUCCCUUCCUCCUCCAAACCUGCUCGGUACCUCAGAAAGGCAAGCUUAUUUGCCCGGAGGUAUUGGGGUCUGAGUGUAUGUUGUUUGAGCGAAGAAGGCAGUCAGGAGGGAUGGAAUUCUUCCCUAAACCUUCUGCACCCCCACACUCCACAGUCUGUUGUCCUGGCUCUGAAGGAACCUGCCCCUCAUCGUGUUUUCUUUAGGGCCCUUCCGGCAGCCUCAAGAAGGAGAUAAGCAUCAGAAUGUGGUAUUAUAGGAUACAAGAAAAUGCAAAAUAAACAUGGAUUAAGUUUUUCGGUUCUGGGGGGAGGGUAUAGCUCAGCGGUAGAGUGCAUGCUUAGCAUGCACCAGGUCCUGGGUUCAGUCCCGGUACCUCCAUUAAAAAUAAAUAAUGAUAAACCUAAUUACCUCCCACCUCCAGGAAAAGCAAUGUAUAAAUUUUUUUAAAAGUCUUUAGGUUCUGCUUGGCUCAAAACCAGAAGCCUGAAGUCUGUGGUGUUUGCAUCCGGCUGGGCUCGCGUGCUGGCUUUGUCCCGAAUGCUGUUCCGGUGUUCACGCCGUCCUUUCCAUCUGUACAGCGGGAGGGUGGGACCCGAUCAUCUCCACAGGCCCUUCCAGCUCUGGUAGUCUUUCCUGUGGCAUAUUCUCUGGAUGGUGAAUUUAAUAAAUUAUGUUAAUGUGUC